CCUCGUUGCCACCAUGAACUUCUCCGGCAAGUACCAGGUGCAGAGCCAGGAAAACUUUGAGUCCUUCAUGAAGGCAAUUGGUCUGCCUGACGACCUCAUCCAGAAGGGGAAGGACAUCAAGGGAGUGACUGAAAUCGUGCAGACUGGGAAGCACUUCAAGCUCACCAUCACCACCGGGUCCAAAGUGAUCCAGAACGAGUUCACCUUGGGGGAGGAGUGUGAGCUGGAGCUCAUGACCGGGGAGAAGGUCAAGGCAGUGGUUCAGCUGGAAGGUGAGAAUAGACUGGUGACAAGUUUCAAAGGCAUCAAGUCCGUGUCUGAACUCAAUGGAGACACAAUGACCCACACCAUGACAUUGGGUGACAUUGUCUUCAAGAGACUCAGCAAGAGAAUUUAGACAAGUCUGCAUUUCAUAUUCUUUUACUGUGUAAAAAUAAUAAAAUAAACUUUGUUUU